CCUCCAAAAGUAUUCGCUUUUGGGAUCGGGGGAGUUUGUAUUCCCCUUGCUUUACCUAUAAAAUGUCGACGAAGAAAAAUUUGCCUCCUGGACGUAAGCGCACGAUCUCUAUUGGCUUGAGGAACCAUGUCGCUAGUGGCUGGCUCCUACGAGAAGUUUAUCUGGGGUUUCUCCCUAAAAACCCUAGACUCCUCUCCCUCCGGUGAAACCCUAAUCUUAAAACCCCUCUUCUCCUACCCUUCCCACACAGCCCCAAUCAAGUCAGUUGCCGCCGCCGGUCCCAUCGCCGCAUCCGGUGGCUCCGACGACACCAUCAAGAUCUACGACCUCACAACCUCCUCAGAGAUUGGUUCCCUUAUCGAUCAUUCAGGUGCCGUGACAGCCCUCGCUUUCUAUACUUCCCCCAUCGCCCACUCUCUUCCUCGUAACCUCAUCAGCGCAGCUGAUGAUGGAAAUCUCUGUAUCUUUGACGCCGAUCCCUUCGUCCACCUCAAAACCAUACCCGUGCACCGUCGUGGCGUCACAGACCUUGCAGUGCACCCAUCCGGCCGCCUCGCCCUUACCGUCGGGCGGGACUCGUGCCUGGCGAUGGUUAAUUUGAUGAGAGGGCGGCGUAGCUUCGCAUGUCGCCUUGAUCGGGAAGCGUCGAUCGUGAAAUAUGGAUCAGAGGAAAGGUUCUUUAUGGCCGCUGAGGAGAGAAUAACUGUGCACAAUGCCGAGGAUGCCAAGAUUGUGCAGGAAAUGGUUGGUCAGAAGCGCGUCCUCUGCAUUGCAACUGGCGAGAGCGGACUCUUAUUUACUGGUGGGGAGGAUAAAAAUGUUAUUGUUUGGGAUACAACAAGUGGAAAAGUUGCAUACUCCAUUGAUGGUGCUCAUUCAACACGUGUUAAAGGCCUCGUUAUAUUCAAGAGGAGUGAUGAUAAAACUCAUGAAGCUUUGAAUUGCUUGGCUUCUGCAUCCUCUGAUGGUGUUAUACGAAUUUGGGAUUUAAGAAUGGUCGCAAAAGAGAAGACAACUCCUUUGGCAGAAUCUAACACAAAGUCAAGGCUGACUUGUUUAGCUGGUUCAUCUAUAUAAUGAGCGUAAAAUUUCACGUCGGACUAUCCUUUAAAAUGGGAAGAAUCUCAGUGGAUCCUUGCUGGUAUGGUGAUCCAAGGUAUUUGUCGGAUCGAUGAAAAUUUUGAGGUAUUAUUUGCUCUCAUAAAAGAUUGACCCGGGCGGGUGAAAUUAGUUUUAGUACCUUAGUUUAUGUAAUUGUAAGAUUCCUUGUUCUUUACAUUAAUAAUUUUACAUUUAGAACGAUGAGAAGUCUGACUAAUUUGUAGUGACUAGCGAACAUGGUAAUUCCUUCUUUGUGAUCGGUGUAAAAUUUCACAUCUGAUUUUUUA